GGGCUAAGCCUUCCCUCACAUGGGGCCUCUGCUCACAGUGGGCGCUUCCAGGCAACACCAACCAGUCAGCCGAGAAAAGGGGCAGAGGGAGAAUGUCUAGCGUCUGGGCGAGGAUAGACGGUUUUGAGAUGGAGCAGUUGUCGCCCCGUAGAAGCGACUGAAGUGCAAGCAGAUUCCCCAGAGCCGCUGUAGUAAACACACUUCAGAAACGUGAGGUGCCGGUGGUCACGUGGGGAGUGCCCCCUCCAAUGAGGAGCCGAGGGCGGGGCCGAGGCCGCUGACGCGGCGGUGGCGGCGGAGUCACCCGGCCAGCCUCGGGACCGGUCACCGGCCGGCAACCGUCCAGCGGCCUCGACCACCGCCUCCGUGCUCCGUCCUCACUCCUCUUUCCCGGGCCGAGAGGCAGCGUGGCCGACAGUGGCUAAAUUCUCUCUCAUUCCUGUCGGCGGCUCGCCUCAGGCGGGCCGUCUGCUCCUCGGGGGCCGCCUCGGUGGGGCUAGGUUUCCGUGACGAACCUCCUGGGGCUGCCCGCGCCCGCUCGGGCCGUCGUGUCGGCUCGAUUUUGUUGAACUUGCUCACCCUCCGCCGGUCCGGGGCCCUCGAAGUUAUGCGUCUCGUCCAGGAGGUGGCGGCGGGUGCCGGCUCCUAAAGGCGUCAUACCCGGACUCCGCUGACUGGGCAACCUCCAUUCAUCUUCCAGCUGCGCCGCCAGCGCCCUCUCCCUCUCCCGUCCCCUCCUCGGACUCAUUUUUUCCUUCCCUCCCCUCUGCCGCCCUUUCCUCACUCCUUGGGUACGGCGAUUCUCCUGCGACCGGAGGUGUCGGUUAUGAGCCGGACGCCCCUGCCCUGAAUUUCUCCGCGGAGGAGCUCGGCGGCUCCCCGCCACCCGCCGCGUCCCCGGGAUGGGGGUGAAUGCUGUGCACUGGUUCCGAAAGGGGCUUCGGCUUCACGACAAUCCUGCCCUGAAGGAGUGUAUUCAGGGCGCCGACACCAUCCGCUGCGUCUACAUCCUCGACCCCUGGUUCGCCGGCUCCUCCAAUGUUGGCAUCAACAGGUGGCGAUUUUUGCUUCAGUGUCUUGAAGACCUUGAUGUCAAUCUGCGAAAAUUAAACUCUCGUCUGUUUGUGAUUCGUGGACAACCAGCAGAUGUGUUUCCCAGGCUUUUCAAGGAAUGGAACAUUACUAAACUUUCAAUUGAAUAUGAUUCUGAGCCCUUUGGAAAGGAACGAGAUGCAGCUAUUAAGAAAUUGGCUACUGAAGCUGGGGUAGAAGUAAUUGUACGAAUUUCACAUACAUUAUAUGACCUAGACAAGAUCAUAGAACUAAAUGGUGGACAACCACCUCUUACUUAUAAAAGAUUCCAGACUCUCAUCAGCAAAAUGGAACCACUAGAGAUACCAGUAGAGACAAUUACUUCAGAAGUGAUAGAAAAGUGCACAACUCCUCUGUCUGAUGACCAUGAUGAGAAAUAUGGAGUCCCUUCACUGGAAGAACUAGGUUUUGAUACAGAUGGUUUAUCUUCUGCAGUGUGGCCAGGCGGAGAAACUGAAGCACUUACACGUUUGGAAAGGCAUUUGGAAAGAAAAGCUUGGGUGGCAAACUUUGAAAGACCUCGAAUGAAUGCGAAUUCCCUGCUCGCUAGCCCUACUGGACUCAGUCCUUAUCUCCGAUUUGGUUGUUUGUCAUGUCGACUGUUUUACUUCAAACUGACAGAUCUCUACAAAAAGGUAAAAAAGAACAGUUCCCCUCCCCUUUCCCUUUAUGGGCAACUGUUAUGGCGUGAAUUUUUCUAUACAGCAGCAACAAAUAAUCCACGCUUUGACAAAAUGGAAGGAAAUCCCAUCUGUGUUCAGAUUCCUUGGGAUAAGAAUCCUGAGGCUUUAGCGAAAUGGGCAGAAGGACGGACAGGCUUUCCAUGGAUUGAUGCCAUCAUGACACAGCUUCGUCAGGAGGGUUGGAUCCAUCAUUUAGCCAGACAUGCAGUUGCUUGCUUCCUGACACGAGGUGACCUGUGGAUUAGUUGGGAAGAAGGAAUGAAGGUAUUUGAAGAAUUAUUACUUGAUGCAGAUUGGAGCAUAAAUGCUGGAAGUUGGAUGUGGCUGUCUUGUAGUUCCUUUUUCCAACAAUUUUUUCACUGCUAUUGCCCUGUUGGUUUUGGUAGGAGAACAGAUCCCAAUGGAGACUAUAUCAGACGUUAUUUGCCUGUCCUACGAGGCUUCCCUGCAAAAUAUAUCUAUGAUCCCUGGAAUGCGCCAGAAAGUAUUCAAAAGGUAGCCAAAUGUUUGAUAGGAGUUAAUUACCCCAAACCAAUGGUGAACCAUGCUGAGGCAAGCCGUUUGAAUAUUGAGAGGAUGAAACAGAUCUAUCAGCAGCUUUCACGAUAUAGAGGACUAGGUCUUCUUGCAUCAGUGCCAUCUAAUCCUAAUGGGAAUGGAGGCCUCAUGGGGUAUUCUCCUGGAGAAAAUAUCCCAGGUUAUAGCAGCAGUGGAAGUUGCACUCCAGGGAGUGGUAUUUUACAUUAUGCUUAUGGAGAUAGUCAGCAAACUCACCUAUUAAAGCAAGGAAGAAGCUCCACGUGCACUGGUCUCAGCAGUGGGAAACGUCCUAGUCAGGAAGAGGACACACAGAGUAUUGGUCCUAAAGUCCAGAGACAGAGCACUAACUAGAAAACAUUCAGAAGGAAUACCGUUGCAGCAGAAAUUGGUGGGCAGUUCAGUACUUUUUCAGUUAAAUUAUUUUAAAAUAUUCUUCAUUAAUGGAAAACAGUUACAUAUUGAAAUGCAUUAUUUCUAAUAACAUUUCUGUAGUUUUUAACUUUUUAAUGAAUUUGACAUAGGACAAAUGGUAAUUUGUAUAUAAAGAACUUGGUAAAAGAAUUUGCUUAAUGUAAAUAUGAAUAGUCACAAUUAGUAUAGACCCAUCAAUAUAUUUUUGAUAAUCUUUCAUGUAUGGUAAAAAUUAAAGUGGCAAACUGAUAUUCUGAUAUAAAAAUCAAAGUUUUGAGAGUCAAUGUGAGAAUAUAGGAUUUUAGACUUUCUUAAAAGACUUUGUUAAAAUUUUAAGACAGAAUUUUUCUUGACAUCAUUAUUUGGUCUAACUUUGAACUCUUUGACAAUAAUGUUUCAGAAAACAUGUGUAAUCAAAAUUGGUAGUUGUAGCCUCCAUUAACGUAGACAAUAUAUAUUUUAAAGCUUUAUGUAUGCCUGUUUUGACCCAAAGUUGUGGAUAUCAUAGUAUCAUGUGUUAAGUUCUUCUUGUCUCCCUUUCUUUGUUCAGUUACAGCUAAAGUGACUUUGUUAUUAAAGUAUAUGCGUAUAUGGAAUCCUGUGUACUUAGUGGUUGCUUUUUUUUUUUUUCCUUUCCUUUUUUAAAAAUUUUUUGUUUCUUUUAGGUAAGGGGGAGAGCAUUGGUAUGUGAGAUGUGAUCACAAAUUAGAGACAGAUUCUGUAAACUACAUGUCACCAUUCUGAAUGAAGAAACAGCUAAUAUAUAUUUAGUAAAAUACUUUUCAAAAUUAUUCCAAGUAAGAAUACUAUCUUCCAAAUACUUCGUACUUUUAAAAAUAAAGUUAUCUAUAAGAAAGAUUUAAAAUCAAAGAGAUUUUUUUCAAGUAAUUGGGCUUAUAACUCUGAGUUAGUCAGUAUGGGGUAGCAGUUAAGAGUGUGGGCCCUGGAGUCAAAUGCCUGGCUCUGUCACUCAUUAGCUUUGAGAUCUUGGGCAAUUAUUAACCUUUUGUGCCUUCUUUUUUCUCUUCUAUAAAAAGUGAGGAUGAGAGUAGUAUCUGCUUCAUACUACAUAUGAAAUGGUCAUAACAGUGCCUGGCAUGUGGUAGGAUGCUCAGUAAAUAUUAGCUACAGGAUUGCUGUUCUGUGUAGCUAGCUCCCUGGAAUGUGCAGUGCAUAGUCUGCAUAACUGCCUGCUGCAGCUCUGGCUAGCUGCCAUUAUUGUUAUCAUUAUUAUUAUCCCUUUACUGUUCUCUAGUAGGCCAGUUCUUACCAUUUGGAAUUAUAAACAUUGGCUUUUGUUUUCCCAUCUUUAUUAGUGAUGUUCAGUGUGGUAAUUGUAUUUAAAGGUAACUCAAAAUAAAUUUGAGCCAGAAAUCCAGAAACAAUCAUUUUUAUUUUUAGAUGAUACACAUUUUAAAAAGUAUCCUGGAUAAUGAAUUAAUACUGAUCAAUAAAUUCAUUACUGAGAAAGAAAUGAGAUGAAAGAAAAUGAAAGAAAAAACUGCCUUAUCUUCUUUUAUCACUGUUAAUAAGGAGUAAUAUUUUGUUUUUCACACCUGUACUUUACAUCCUGCUCUUUGGACCUGAUUGUACUAUACAGAAUUGAGAAAUUCAUUGACUUGGAAUUUACCAUCACCAUUUGGGGAAUAAAAGAUGCAGUUUUCAUAUGAAUAAAUCAGUAUUUUAGUAAAAGAACACUAUUUCAACAUAGGCACUGAUAUUUUACUUUUAAAUGUAGAAGGAUUUUCGUAUGUUUGGGGGGUGGGAUGGGGAAAGCUUUUUUCAGUUUGGUCUAAAUUGUGACUAAAACAAAAAAAUCACCAAAAGGGAAAGAGAGGUAUCAAUCAAUGUGCUCCAACUGAGCAAAUGCACUAUGUUUGAAUACAGUGUUGUCCCCCUAACUGGAAGAGUUAGUGUUCUAAAAACCCUAUAGGUGGUUGAGGGAUUUUAAGACAUUUUGUUCAUUCAGCAGAUACUUCUUGAACUCUUAUUACCAAAAACUGUGCUUAGCAACUUGGAAAAACUGAAUUGAGGGAACUACGUUUUUAAGUUUUUCACAUUCACUUAAAAGUUACUAAUUUGGGGUAUAAAAGACUGAUAGCAAUAUUACUUUUAACCAUCUCUUGUGUACUAGAAACUGCAGGAUCUUCCCACAAUUUCAAACAUAUGUUUGUAAUUUUCUUGUAGGUAAUAUGCCUAAUACUAGGUUCUAGGUUCUUUGAACCCCCGUUUCUCCAUCCAAGUGUUUUUCUGAUUGUAUGGUUCUAGAAAUGAACUUUUUAAACUAGGAUGGAAAAAACUUUGGGUAGCAUUUAUUUAAGACAACUGGCAUAGCUAAGUUGGUCAAUUUCAAGUGUGAUUACAAUGCACAGGGUUAUAUGUAUUGUCAUUCCUCAUACAAUUAUGUGGAGCCCUGAUAUAAGCUGCUAGCACCUUAAUGCACAUCUCUGCUCCCUCCCUCCUGACCAGUGACUGCCGCAUGCAGUUCUAAGGCCCUAGUUUACAUUCCUUAACGUCCUUCUCUUUUCUGUAUCCUACUUUAAUUCCCUUUUCCUAGAUGCAGGUGACACACUUUGGUUAGUCUGGACCCCAAAUCCUUGUAUUUCAGGAAAAAGAGUGCGAUAAAGCCAUGAAUAAUAGGGGUUUUGUAUACGGGUAACUCAGAGGGAGAAGGGUUACUGGGCAAACACUCCCCUACCUCACAUACAUUAGCCACCCAGUUAAUUCUAGAAUAUCCUGGAGAUCAAAGUUGACCUAGAGACAAGGAGCCAGGAUUCUUGCUGCUACUCUGUGGAAUUAAAGUGCAACUUGUCAGUCCCUCUCAACAAAGCCAUUGAGCACAAACUGGGUAAUAAAGCUAGACUCAAAGAUUUGGUUAGCAUUUUCUGAGUCCCUACCAUGUGCCAAGCACUGUUCAUAGGAAAAUUAAUUCAUCAGUAUCCACAAGGACACUCCACAAGGAGAGAGGGCCAUCUUGAAGAAUUACAGUGCUGCGCAUUAAGGUGUUAGAACUGUGCACUGUAUACUAUGAAAUACGCAAAGUGAGGGGACUACAUACAGGCUGGGAAAAAAUCACAGCUUUCCUGACCCCCAACUCCACACCCAGCAUAGGACAGCUAGGCCAGUCAGGGCACCCUGUCCUUGGAAACAUUCAACUCUAGUUGUGAUUAAUCAUGUCAUUGGCUGUUAAUGUCUUUGUUCUCCACUAUAAUGUAAACCUCAUCAGGAUAGGGAAUGUACUUUAUUCCCUCUUGUCUUGUGCACCGCUGUUUUGUCAUUGCAGCUUCACAUGCUUGACACUUUAACAGGCAUGCCAUAAAUAUGUGUAUGGAUAAAUAUGAGAAUAAAUGGGACAGACAUUGAGCCUGGCUUUAAGGAGAAAUUUGUUAGUCUAUGAGGUUGGCAUCACAGGUAAUAAAUAGAAUGUAAAGCACCUAGCAGUUUAUCAGAAAAGGUGAGUAUUUGGGUGAAAGCAGCAGGAGGGAGGCUGUUAAAGACGCAUCAGACACUGUAGCUGACUGCUGGAUUGGGGUGGGGAGGGGGCAGGAAAGCUAGAUAUGUACCAGAGAAGUUUCGGGAUUUUUUAAACUACGUUCUUUCGUAACUUAGUUCUUUACCUAUCGACUAAUUUUGGGAAUUCUGAAUGGCUGUAGCUUAAAGAUAUAGCUUAAAGAUAUAGCGGUUUGAGUUAUUUCUACCCUUUUUUUCUCCCGGGCUAGUGACACUCCCCAAGGGGCAAAAGGACUGAAACUCCAAGUUCUCUAAAAUACUGGGAGGGAAAGGGUGAGAAAAUGCCGGAAGCAAUACUUACCGGCCAGAGGCGCUGUUCGCCGGACAGCUGACUCGCACGCUGGCCCAACUCCGCAGGUCCCCUCCACUCCGCCCGGCCCCGGCCCGCCGCGCUGCGUCAGGAGGGUCACGUAGCCUGCGACCCGCGCUCUGAUUGGCUGCGUUGGGAGCUCCAGGGCGUGUCUGUGGGUUCCGCGAAGCGGGGCCGGAGCUGCUGAGGGGAAUUGGCUGGCGGCUUGGGACCCUGGCCCCUGUUCCCAGGCCUCGGGAGGACGCCAGGCUGCGGGGAGCCUCGGCCUGGGGAGUGGGGGAGGACGGAGCCAGAGACCCGGAACUCGCGCCUUAUGCAGAGUGGACGCCGACAGUGCCAUCAGAAAGUUAUUGCAGGGAGGUGACAAGAUCACAUUUUGAGAAGAAGCUGGAAAGAAGCCCAAGUGGAUUAAGAAGCCCCGGAUGAGGACAGGAUCUCUGGGGAGAAACUCUAAGGUAUGAUGAGUACCUUCUGAGUCUCAGGAUGGUGGGAAUUAGCCAGUGGAUUGCAGGCAUGUUGUGGAAGUUGCUGAUGAGAUCCCAGCCCUGCAGGCUCUGUUCUUUCAGAAAGAUGCUAUCAGCUCCAAAAUACACACCUUUUCUAGCAUCCUUCACCUAUACAACUGAUAAUCAGUCAAAUAGAGAAAAUAAAAAGACAGUAGAAAAGCUCUAUAAAUUGUCAGUUGACAUCAGGAAAAUUCGAAGAUUAAAAGGAUGGGUACUUCUGGAGGAUGAAACCUAUGUUGAAGAAAUUGCAAAUAUUUUACAACAGCUAGGUGCCGAUGAGACUGCUGUAGCCACUAUCUUGGAACGCUGCCCAGAAGCAAUUAAAUGCAGUCCACCUGCUGUUAACACCCAGAGAGAACUCUGGCAGUCGGUUUGCAAGAACGAGAAAGAGUUAGUUAAGUUAAUAGAACAGUUUCCAGAAUCUUUCUUUACUGUUCAAGACCAGGAAAACCAGAAGCUGAAUGUCCAAUUCUUUCAAGAGUUGGGAUUCAAAAAUGUGGUCAUUAGUAGGUUUUUGACAACUGCAUCUAGUAUUUUUCACACUCCUAUUGAGAAGAAUAAGCAAAUGAUAAAUGUUCUUCAAGAGAGUUAUCUAAAUUUAGGUGGCUCUGAGGUCAACAUGAAAGUUUGGCUACUAAAAUUAUUAAGCCAAAACCCAUUUAUUUUGUUAAAUUCUUCUGCAUCUAUAAAGGAAACACUAGAAUUUCUCCAGGAGCAGGGUUUUACAAACUUUGAAAUUCUCCAACUUCUCUCCAAACUCAAAGGAUUUCUGUUUCAACUUUGCCCAAGAAGUAUACAGAACAGUAUGUCCUUCUCUAAAAAUGCUUUUAAAUGUACUGAUCAUGACCUGAAGCAAUUAGUUUUGAAAUGUCCUGCCCUUUUAUAUUAUUCCGUUCCAGUUUUGGAAGAGAGAAUUCAGGGAUUAUUGAAAGAAGGAAUUUCCAUAGCUCAGAUAAGAGAGACGCCAAAGGUUCUUGAAUUAACGCCACAAAUAGUACAGUACAGGGUAAGGAAACUGAAUUCCUUAGGCUAUAGAAUAAAGGAUGGAUAUCUAGCAUAUCUAAAUGGAACAAAAAAAGAGUUUGAGGCUAACUUUGGUAAAAUUCAGGCCAAAAAAGGUAGGCCAUUAUUUAAUCCUGUGGCACCAUUAAAUAUUGAAGAGUAA